CAAACCAAUUCACAUCUUCCCAAACCCAACUACUACAACUUGUAGCAAGAAAAAAUAUAUUCUUUAGCUUCUUAAUUUGAUCAAUAUAUUCAUCUGGGUUCUCGUCAAAUAUUUCUUCAGCAUCUUCAUCAUAUGUCAGGAGGAAUAAUGGAUGAAGAGAUCGAGAUUCCUCCGUUCUUUCUUUGCCCUAUCUCUUUGGAGAUCAUGAAAGAUCCGGUGAUAGUCUCUACCGGAAUAACCUACGACAGAGACAGCAUCGAGAAAUGGCUAUUUGCAGGCAAGAAGAACUCGUGUCCGGUCACCAAACAAGACAUAACCGAUGCGGAUCUCACCCCGAAUCACACUCUUCGCCGUCUCAUCCAAUCUUGGUGCACUUUAAAUGCCUCCUAUGGCGUCGAGAGGAUCCCUACCCCGAGACCUCCGAUUUGUAAAUCUGAGAUCGAAAAGCUCAUUAGAGAUUCAGCCUCUUCGCAUCAAAACCAAGUCAAAUGUCUCAAACGACUUCGUCAGAUUGUGUCGGAGAACGCGACCAACAAGCGGUGUUUAGAGGCCGCAGGAGUACCGGAGUUCUUGGCCAACAUCGUAAGCAACGACUCAGAAAUUGGGUUUCAAUCUUCAGGGAGUUCGACAGACGAAGCCCUCAACUUACUCUACCAUCUCGAGACCUCAGAGACAGUCCUCAAAAAUCUUUUAAACAACAAGAAAGGUAACGAUAUCGUAAAGUCGUUGACAAAGAUCAUGCAGUGCGGGAUCUACGAGUCCAGAGCCUAUGCGACUUUGCUUCUCAAGAACGUUCUUGAAGUUGCGGAUCCAAUGCAGAUCAUGACUCUCAAGCCAGAGGUUUUCACUGAGGUCGUCCAGAUCUUGGACGACCGCAUCUCGCAGAAGGCUACCAAAGCUGCGAUGCAUAUAUUGGUGAACAUAUGCCCAUGGGGAAGGAACAGACAUAAGGCCGUGGAAGCUGGAGUGAUCUCUGUGAUCAUCGAGCUUCUCAUGGAGGAGAGCUUCACAUCAGAGAGGAGAAUUCCAGAGAUGGCGAUGGUGGUUCUUGAUCUGUUGUGUCAGUGUGCGGAGGGACGAGCCGAUUUCUUGAACCACGGAGCAGCCAUAGCGGUGGUGUGCAAGAAGAUACUUAGGGUUUCGCAGACAGCAAGCGAUAGAGCGGUUAGGGUUUUGUUGUCGGUGGGAAGGUUCUGCGCCACGCCUGCUUUGGUGCACGAGAUGUUACAGUUGGGGGUUGUAGCAAAGCUUUGUCUUGUGCUUCAAGUAAGCUGUGGGGGCAAGACUAAAGAGAAGGCAAAGGAGUUGCUUAAGUUGCACGCUAGGGUUUGGAAGGACUCGCCAUGUCUGCCAAAAAACAUGAUUCUUGCAUAUCCUUGCUGAUGAAAACCAAGAAAACAACGUACAGACAUACAAACAAGUCCAAUUCUCAAAUGAGAGCUAGUUAUUCGUCGUAUGCUGUUGAAAAAACUAGUGAUAUAUUCAUAUCAUUAAUCCAAUUUUCCUUAGGUUUCUUCUUCAUACUUAAGAUGUUCACAAUGUAGAUAAUAGUGAAAAUGUUCAUCGAAUAUUCUUUUUAUGAAAAACUACAAAGAUAUCAAUAAAUCACAAGUUACAAG